AUGGCCGAGGGGCUCAGGAACUCGAUCUGGGAUCUGAAGACCGCCAGCUGCCUAUUUACUGCCUCCUCCAAAGCCAGCGCACGAUCUCCCCAUGAGUCUAACCUAGUGGUUUCCUAUGAAGAGCCCAUGGCCUGCUGCCAGUACAACCCCGCCUUCCAGCAGGUGGUCAGCUGCUCAGAAGAAUCAGUGGUGAAAGUAUGGGACUUUGAAACAGGAAGACUGUUGUCUGAAUUUACUGGGGCUCGUGGCAGCGCUGGAAUCACUUGUCUGCCCUUUGCCAGUGGAAGAAGGCUAGUCACCAGAGGCAGAGAUGGCUGGCUGAGAAUAUGGAGCUACAGCAACGGGCGUUGUCUGCACACCCUGAAACACGAUGAAAAGCAAAAUGAAAUCUGUGAUUGUACCUACUGGGAGGUGAGCCAAAACAAGUGUAUCACAGCUGCUGAAUGGGACAGAAGAAUAAACGUGUACUUUGACACACCGUCUCAUUUUCAUCACUUCCGGAAGCCACAAGCACACUGGCAGGAUGACCUGAACCACAGGAACAAGGAGGCCGUCCUCUGUGUGGCUUACUGCCCACCUUUCCUCCUGGCCACCUCCCACGAUGAUGGCGAGAGCAUCAUUUGGAAUGUCAUCUCAGGCCACGGGUACUGCAAGCUCAACACCUCUAGCCCCCCUGAAGGAGCAGAAGACGGAGAAGGCCCAGGCCGGAGUGCUUCCUGCCUCACCUUCCUGAAGGCGCGGGCAGCGGCGCUGGGAUCAGCCGCCCAGCCCUGGCGGCCCGUGGCCCGAGGGCAGAAGGGAGCCCGCACGGCUCUUCCCUGCGGCGCUGCGGGCGGGUUUGGAGAGGAAGCAUCUCCAGGCGGGCUCCGUCACCUUCUGGAGGCUGUUCGCGAGGCCUGUCCCAUCGCAAACUUCACUACUCUUAAGUUUGGCCGUGGUUUGUCCAGAGACAAAGCCCGGAUCAGCAGCAUGGCAGUGACAGCAGGAGACACCUGUGACUAUGUGGCUGACCAGGACGGCUUGGUGCAUGUCUGCGACAUCGAGGAGUACGGCCUGCCGGGACCAGAGCUGCAACCUUCCAAGGGCAGGCAAUGA